CAAAUGUUUGUCUCAAGUUUUCAAAACGUAAACAUUUGCGCGCUCGUGAAAUCUCCGGUCCAUAAAAUCGAUGGAUUUCGACGACCUACCAAUUGAAAUUGUGCAAGAAAUACUGUCGUACCUUCCGCUAAAAGGACUACUCGGCGCGUCGCUGGUUUGCCGGAAAUGGCUCUACUAUUCCGAACCCCUCGUGAUUCGAAAAUGUUGCUUCCGUAUCGCUCUCAGUGCCGUCGAGCAUAUAGAUAUGCUAAACAAGUUGCUGCGGAGUUACCAAAACAUCGAAAUUCGCAAUGUUGAAUAUUGGAACGAACUGAGCCGGCUUAUGUUAAUUUUGCCCAAAAAGCUUAGCCCUAGAAUGCUGGUCCUGAGAAAUAUAUCCAUGGUCAAUUUGGAGCGGUUCUAUCAAUGUUUUCCCCCUUGGUUCGAUUCUUUGGAAUCGAUUUUCGUAUGCCUUAUUUUGGAUGCCAGCGACUCGGAUGUAGUGGAAAGUUUCACAAUGACCUUACCGAAAUUGCAGCACUUGGAAUGGUACGAACGAGUCGAAUUUGUUGAACCGAAAACUGUUACGAUACACGCCCCUUGCCUUGUUUCGGCAUCUGUAGAAGAUAACUUCGAUGCAGCAGCCCUAUUGCGACUUGGCACAACCAACAACUUGAAGCGUCUGAAAUGCACUUUUUGGCGAACGUUCAGCAGAAAUGGUUUCGUAGAUAUAUUUCCUGGUUCCUUCACUUCGUUGGAAACCCUCACGCUUGAUUUUGGUUUUGAGCGUCAUGAUACAUCCUUCCUUCUGGACAUGCCCAACCUGCGUUGGCUGGAUUUAAGACUAGGAUCCAAAACUAGUACAAGCAAUUUUCUAGAUCACAUACAAAACUGUAAGCUGCUUACCGUGCUGAGGCUACGGGCAGAAUCAACCGUUACAUAUAUUGAUCUUGUUAAAUUGUGUAACGAUUUGGAAAACCUGGAAAAAAUUGACUUCGUUGGACUUGGAGUUCAGGUUUUCAGGCGAAUAUAUGCCAAGAAUCUCAAGUUCCUCAAACUGGAACACUUUAGCUUCCUCGAUCAGGUAGAUAAUCUCACGCUUGUGGCUCCGAAGCUCAACACUCUGUGCCUUCCAUCGGAAGUUCUACCGAAAACGCACAUCGAUGGCAACAGCAACUGUUUGGUGAAACUGUUUGUUGAUUUGGGAUCGGUACAUCUGGCCGUGGCCAUUCAACAGCAGCUGAGGCCUUUCGUUCAGCAGCAUGAAUGCAUCAGGGAUGUGGCCCUGCGGAAUUCACACUUCACCCGAUCUUCGUAUUUGGUGAUGCCCUCGGAUGAACCAGUUCCGUUCGUCGAAAGACUGGAACUGCGGAAGCUGGGAGUUGAUCUGACAUUUUUCCAUUACCUAUCCAAGUGGAAAACUUUAAAGCAUCUCUCUCUCAUCGGGUGUACGAUCGAGUGCCGCAGUGCAUCCGAAAUGGUACACUUGAGCCAGUUACGCUCCCUACACGUGGAUUUUGUUAAACUGCUUAGUACCGAUCGGAAAACCUUCCCUUUGGUGGUGGAUGGUGCCGAAGAAAUCAUCUGUGAAUGGAUUCAACCGGUGUUUGUGUUCCAUUCACGUAAUCUCAAGCUCAACUGUUCGGCUAUGACUACUAUCUGGAAUGACGAAAUCGGAGCGUUUUAAAAACUAAAGGCUUUGGGUGCAGCUUAGCUUUAUAAGGUAAGCAAUUUUUGUAAAUUUAAUUAAAAUAUUUAGCUGUGUGUAAUCGUUAUACACAAAACAUGAUUAAUAAUUUUAAUAUAUUUUUUCACAUAUUCAAUUACUUCACAAUAUGUUUAAAAGGUUGAUCAUAACAUGAGUUAAACUGGAUGGGCUCUGAAGAAAGAAAUGUCCAUGAUUUUCAUUACACAUUUUGGUUUUAUUUGAAUAAUCGUCAAACUAAUUUAGGUACCUUUAAUAUCAAUAUAACCGAUAAUUGGUUUACUUCUCGUCGAUCAAUGCCCAAACCUCGGCUUGUCCAUUAAACCUCAUAAUCGAGUAAAAGGCGGGUGUCAAAUCCUCUAAUGAACCAACCUUCGACAUCACAUACAGUCACGUCACGCUGCCUGACUUAACUCACACUGGGCUCACGGUAUAGUGCUUUUUCCAACCAGUCGGUCGAAUACGAAUAUCUUCCACACCAAAUGCGAGAGUAUCCGUGAAAUCGUCGGGAAUAGCCGUGUUGAAGACAUAUCCAGUUGUUGAUCCCUUUCGCCCGAUGAUGGGUACUUUGCUCCGACAGGUAAAUGGAAACUCCAUUCGGCCGCUGUCGUCCAACUGAACGGAACGAAGUUGCAGCGUUUUCAACCGAUGUAGGGGCAUGACCGAUUCCCAAAUUUCGUAGCGUAUCCGUACGACACACCGAGUUAAGAUCAGAUGCUAGAAAGAAAACAUGUAUUCAAUUAUGUUUAAAAAAUAGAAGUUCAGGUUUGAAAAUUGUAAACUUUCGACAUUUUUUCGAAUUGUAUCAGCUUGAACCACGUGAUUGAUCUUGUUCAAACGAUUACCUUUCCAUCGAAUAGCGGAAUACAAGAGUUGUUGCAAAGUCCAUACGAUGAAAUCAACACUUACCCUGAGAGUUUCCGAUUCGGCAAGCUUCUGGAUGCAAUAGACAGUAAGCUCCAGAUUGAUCAGAUGUAGUCUAUCGACAGCAAGCGGCAUCGGUUGAGGCAGGCCAAAGUUGGACGGUAGGUUAUCGUGUUGAUCAGUCUUAUAUAGCGUUACGUCGCGUACCUUCGGCGAACGAUUGAGGAAAGGCAACAAGUAUAGCACAAUGGAUUCCUCGAUGCGAAAAGCAUCCAGAUUGACGAAUAGCUUCUGCGGUGUACGCCCGUCUUGUAGAACAAUCGAAGGAAGUAGCAAAAGUGACAGUGAGAUAAUUUCCAAAUUCGGGUAAUUAAGGUAAAGCGGCUGCUCGUUCCUGAGCACUACUUCCGUGAGUUUGAGCAACGCUAAGUUCUGAAAAAUGUUUGUUGGUCUAGAGCUGACCUUAAGGCAUAUGUUAUUCAAUUCUAACUGAACAAGAUUUGGCAGUGAUUGGCCAAGUUGAGCCAGUGAGACGCUGCAAAGUGCUCCCUCGUUUUCCAUCAUGUGUAUUUGGAGCCCCUCGAGGGUUUUGUAUUUACAAAUUAUUUCAAUAGUUUGAUUAAACAACAGAGGUAAAAGUUCUUUAUCGUAUUCUAGGGCCAGAUUAAGCCAUGUGAGAUUUCCAAGAGAUCGAAGAAACCCGACGUCCUGGAUGGUAUUGUAGAUUCGCAAAAUUAAGCAUGUCAAGUUAUUUAAAGCUUGCUGAAACAUAUCUCCGAAAUUUUUCCUAUACAAUGUACAUUCUAAUGUUUCCAUUUUAUCGCUUCUCAUCAAGAUAAGAUUAAGCUUACUACCAAAGCUGUCGUUAACAACUAAUCGUUUCAAAACGGGUGCAUCGAUACUGAUAGUACGGUUUCCUCGCCUCAAAUGGUUUUCACUCCAAUACAAUUGUUGCACUUUUGGCAAACAAAUGGUAUGGCUCCAGCCACUCCACCCGUCGUUUCUCAAAAAUCGAUGAUCGAAAGAUACAUGCAAUUCUUCUAAAUCCGCCAACCAAGAGCCAAACUUUUGAAAAAGCUGUUUCAACGAAUCUGCCAUAGUUCGGCAAACCAUCAUCUGUCUCACUGCCAGCCUACCGCUGCAAAUGCUCAGCACAGGCUCAAUCUGUUCCCAGCCGGCACUGUUGAGCUGCUGAAUCAGUAUGCUCCGAUGGUGGCGUUCGCUGACCAUUAACGUUUCUAAAUUUUUCUGCUGAACACUGCUAACCACGAACCAGCAUCUCCGGGCUAUAAGGAUACCGGCUACUCGAUACCAAUGAUGGUUUACCACACUGAUCUCGUACAGUUCGUUCAGGUUGAGCCAUUCGAAAAUCGCUAACAUCAUUUCUAUCGGCAGACUAUCGAACGACAUGGCUACAACAGGUGUUACUACUCCCGUCUCUCAUAAUGCAACUGAACGAAGAACUGCCCCUGUGGAAGUGUACAAAAAAAAACGAAUGUACUGCUAAAAUACUAGAAUACAGUAACAUAAAUUGUCCCCACAAAUGAGACUUCAUAGUAUUGUUUGCUUUGAACAAUGCACGUCUUCGUCUACGUAUACUACCGUAAAGGCAAAUCGAUCACAGCAGAAUAGUUCUUUUACCUACCUGGUAGGUAUAAUUUGAUUAAAGACUGUCUUUUACUACUAUUCAAAAAUGUUCUAUUAUUAACUAAAUACAAUGCUUCCGACAAAAUAUUGUUGAAUGUUCGAUGGAAUGCUGAAAAUACUGUGUCCUACCUUGUUCCCAACACGAUGACUCACAAUCUUGGAAAUACACCAAUUUUUGCGAAACUAUCCGCGAUUUCGAAGCUAAUUUUUGACAGGUCGUGUGUGUGCAAGAAAAUGUAAACAAAUGGGUGGAAA